CCCUCGUCCUCAACCUGCACGGGACCGGUUCGUCCCUCGUCCACCAAUCCUCGAUAGCGGCACCAACGUCUGUUCCCGCCCGCCUCCUCUCUCCUUCUUCCCUCUCCAUCACCUCCCCUUCUUCCUCACCAUCGAGAGUCACUUGCAGCCAAACCCCCGAACCGCAUGCGCCGUCUGCCCGCUGCGACGCCGCACAUGGUCCGCCCAGAGUGAGGCCCUCACCGACGCCCUCGAGGGGGCAUUCGAUCCCGAAGCCACUACGAUUAAGGGGACGACAACCAAAGUCGCCCGUACCCAUCGGCGCACUGCGAGCGAGUCUACCGAACGACCGACGAUCCGUUACCGUGGACUGACGUCCCACCGCGCACCAUGGCGAUUGCCAUGGGCUGGCAUAAGCCCGACAAUGUCGCAGGCUCAUCGGCACCGGCCAUCAUGGUCGGUCUCUUUGUGGCAUCCGGCGGUUUGCUCUUUGGAUACGAUACUGGCGCUAUAAACGGCAUCCUCGCCAUGUCCGCAUUUAAGAAGCAGUUCGCGACCAACUGUGGCACGCCAGGCAACCCGGAAAUAUGUCCCAAGGACCUGUCCAUCAUAGUCGCCAUACUAAGCGCCGGCACCGUUGUCGGCGCCCUUCUUGCGGCCCCGGCUGGCGAUUCCCUUGGACGACGCAUAACCCUUGUCAUCUCCGUCGGUGUCUUUUGCAUCGGGGCCAUCUGCCAGGUCUGCGCCGAUGCCGUGCCGCUGCUCCUCGUUGGAAGGGCACUCGCUGGUGUCGGUGUUGGCGCCAUCUCCGUCCUCGUGCCCUUGUAUCAAUCCGAAAUGGCCCCCAAAUGGAUACGUGGUACGCUAGUUUGCGCGUACCAGCUCUCCAUAACGAUUGGCCUCCUAGCCGCAUCAGUCAUCAACAUCAUCACCGCCAACCUCACCAACUCGUCUGCGUAUCGUAUUCCCCUGGGCUUACAGCUGGUGCCGGCGCUCAUCUUGACUGCCGGCCUUCUCGUCCUUCCCGAGACGCCUCGCUUCCUGGUCAAAAAGGGCCGCAAGGAGGCCGCGGGGCUGUCGCUCAGCCGCCUGCGGCGCCUUGACAUCACCCACCCCGCCCUCAUCGAGGAGCUGGAGGAAAUGAUCGCAAACCACCAGUACGAGCUGACCCUUGGUCCCGACACGUACAAGGACGUGUUUGUCGGCACGCCGCACCUCGGUCGGCGCACCUUUACCGGCUGCGGCCUGCAGAUGCUGCAACAGCUUACCGGCAUCAACUUCAUCAUGUACUACAGCACCACGUUCUUUGGCGGUGUUGGCGUGUCCAGUCCGUACACGAAAUCGCUCAUCAUCAACGUCAUCAAUGUCGUGUCUACGUUCCCCGGCCUCUUGAUCAUUGAGUCCUGGGGCCGUCGACGCCUGCUCAUGAUUGGGGCUUUGGGUAUGGCGGCUUGCCAGCUGCUCAUGGCCAGCUUCACGACCGCCGCCGGCCAGGACCUGCGUUACGUGUCGCAGACGAUCCUGGUUGUCUUUUGCUCCCUCAACAUUUUCUUUUUUGCCGCGUCCUGGGGCCCCGUCGCAUGGGUCGUCACGUCCGAAAUCUACCCUCUCAAGGUUCGAGCCAAGGCCAUGUCUCUUUCGACCGCCUCCAACUGGGUCCUCAACUUUGGGAUUGCCUACAGCACGCCGUUCAUGGUCGGCAAGGGGGACGGCAGCGCCAGCUUCGGGCCCAAGGUGUUCUUUAUCUGGGGCGCGUUCUGCAUCAUUGCCGUCUUCUUCGUCUGGUGCAUGGUGUACGAGACGAGCAAGAUCAGUCUGGAGCAAAUCGACGAAAUGUACGAGCGGGUGAACCAUGCCUGGAACAGCAAGGGCUUCGAGCCCAGCUGGAGCUUCCAGCAGAUUCUCCACGAGGGGUGGUCACCAAGCGCGGUGCCUCCGCCCGAGCACGAGCUUCAGGCCACGUCGUCGCACUCGUCCGCCGAGACCACGCUCGGCGACUCCAACUCGUCGACCAUCACGAUACAUCACGACAACGAAAACGUGACCCCCCAGACCAACCAGAACAAGUCGACGCCGACCAUGGCAAAUGUUGAUUUCAGUUACUAGGGCGAGGCAAGCCGAAAUACCCUAAAGGAGCAUAGCAUGUAUAAACGUGGCCGGCCGGCCAAUCGAUGGGGAUUAUGUGACAUAUGGACUAUCAGCGACGGAGUUGCGGGCACGACAACUGAUUUAGGUGGUGUCUGGCGUUCAGCGUUGACUUUCUCUUUAAGCGGGCUUUCUGGUAUGCCGGCGAUCGGACAUGACAUGCGAUACCUGGGCCGGCGCGCACCAGGAGUUCAAAUCCUCUUCUUUUAUAAUUUUCAGUUUUGGCUCGGAGGGGCGUCUGAAGACGCCAAAUGAGCCGUCCACGAAAGUCGGGGUCGUGCCCGAGUUAUGCAGUACGAUGGGUACUAUACAUAAGAUAUGUCUGACAUACAGAUGGUGCCGUGUUGGAGCCAUGAAGUCCGUG